AUGUUUUGGCGUGAUUUUAUUGGUUAUCUAUUUUACAUUCCUGUUUAUGAAUAUUUUAUUAGAAAUCUAAAAAAUUUACAAAAGAGAAAAAACUCUACAAUAAAUGAGGAUUUUAUUCGAGUAUGUAAUACCUUAAUAGCUGGUGGUAUAGCUGGUUCCCUUUCUUGGUGGAUUAUUUGCCCACUUGAACUUUUAAAAAACAGGCUCCAAGCUUUUCAACAACACCAAAUACCCCUUCAAACUCGUUAUCAAUAUUGGAAGAUAUUUUUACAAGUUUUUGAAGAAGGACGGGUAAAAGGAGGAAGUUUUCUAUGUGGAAUGAGUACUUUCUAUCGUGGGGGUACUUUACUUGCAUUAAGAGCAUUUCCAGUGAAUGCUUGUGUUUUCUAUGUUCAUUCGAAAUGUUUGGAAUUAUUUUUAUAACAAAAAAGAUUAAUAUUUUUGAAGAUAAAUACAUACUAAUUGGUAAAUGCCCAGUUUGCGAUCCACCUGUCAAAGGAAAAGCGCAUUCAUUCCCCUUCCUUUCUUGCAUUUUUGCGUG